AUGAUCAACACCUUCAGCCAAAGCCCUACAAUGUAUCCGACACAACAAGGGUCUCCGCUCUCAAUCAUGAAAAUCACUUUAUGGAUGUUUACUAUUUGUGUUCUUGGCCAAAUUAUUGGGACCUGUAUUUUCGGUGUAUAUUUUCAUAAAAAACUAGAUAAGAUUGAAGACGAAAUGGCAUUAAAUGAGGAUUACUUGUUUCUGAGAAGAAUACAGAAAUGUCUGAAGAGAGGAACUGUGGAUCCCACGUUACUGAACUGCAAGGAAGUUAUAGCUAAGUUCCGCAGCCUAAUCUCUGAGGUGACCCAGUCUGACCAACCGGAUGAAAGCCAUGAAAAACCAACAGAUGAAAGGACAAAUUCAGUUCCCGCACCUCGAAUUGGAGAAGAACCCAACACUUCAAAGAAAGUGGUUGCUAUACAUCUAGUUGGAGACAAAGACAACAGCAACAAAGAAGCUCUCCAGUGGCAGCAAAAAAGUUACUUAACAUUGCAAAAUGAAAUUACUUAUACAAAUGGCAAACUCAGAAUUGAAACACCCGGAGUUUAUUACAUUUACUCUCAAGUCAGUUUUUGUGCUAAUUCAACACAAUUUCAGAAAGCACCAUUUGUACAGUACAUCUAUCGGAAGCAAUCAGAUGGACCUGUCAAGCUUUUAAUAAAAGGAGCAAGCACAAUUAUCUCAUCGACGGCAAACUGCGCUCUGCAGUCAACCCAACUCGGGGCCAUGUUUACUUUUGGAAAAAAUGACCUUGUAUUUGUCAAUGUGACAGAUCCAGCCCGCGUCAACUACAGCCCCGAAUUUACGUACUUUGGUAUGUUUAAGCUGGGAGACACAUCCUGA